CCAUAUCACAUCUUCACGGAACUGAACAACUAUGGGUGAAUUACUUAUUUUAAUUGUUUCCAAAGGAACGCUCUGACGAGAAGAAAUGUCUGGGUAAAGUUCAGAUACACUCGGUUAUAUAUAAGAUUGUCUUUGCCUGCGCAAUAAUUACACUUUGAGAAGAGACUGAAACAAUCAUUCACCUGGACAAACCUGAGAGUUCAAUUCAAGCUUAUUUUACACCUGUGACCUGAUACUGGUCCGAUUUUGGAUGAGGAGAGUAUAUGCCAAAUUGAUAUAAAUAAAUAAAAAAUCGUAUGGUUGAAUUAAAAUCAAACGAAUGAUGACAAUUAAAACACUAUUGAAACUGUAGGUAAUUCAACCGUGGAACUGUUUCAAACCGAAUUCAUCAUGCGAAUAUUUUAAAGACAAGGUAGGAGUUAAGGAAUACUGUGUCGGCUACUAGGUUUUAUAUUAAGUUUUUUUGUCGGGAUGAUGCGACUGCUAAACUACCUCUUGCUGGGCUACCUGACCUGGAAUCUACGAAUAUCAGACGCACAAGGCGAGUACUGCCAUGGGUGGCUGGACAGUAAUGGAAAUUAUCACGAAGGCUUUCAGUGUCCGGAGGACUUUGACACCAUGGACGCGACCGUGUGCUGCGGGUCUUGCUCCCUGCGGUACUGUUGCGCGGCUGUGGACGCACGGCUGGACCAGGGAAGCUGUACCAACGACCGAGAACUAAAUAACACGGAGUUUGCAGCGCAGCCUAUCUACGUGCCUUUCCUGAUGGUGGGCUCCAUCUUUGUGGCCUUCGUGGUGGUGGGCUCCCUGGUUGCCGUCUACUGUUGCACCUGCCUGCGGCCCAAACAGCCUACCCAGCAGGCUCUCCGCUUCUCACUGCGCAACUGCCAGGGCGAGACCAUCCCCAUGAUCCUGACCACUGCGCCAGCCAGCCUGCGCACCCCCUCGCGCCAGUCCAGCACGGCCACCAGUUCCAGCUCAGCUGGCGGGAGCAGCUCGGUGCGCCGCUUCUCCCUCGGAGGUCAGGGGCAGCAGCACGGGUGCUUGGUGUCAGCGUCUGCACCAAGCACCCGUGUCUUCACCUCUCCCUCCACACCCCAGCCGCUACUCCCACCACCCCCUCCACCCCCCUACACCUCCCCUGCAGCCUGCAUGCCAGGCGGGCGCCAGCACCCUCACUCCCAUGCCCAGCUGCAGCUGCACCAGCCCAUGCACCCACACCAACAGCCUCACCUGGCCCAGGGCACGGGCUUCCUGCUGCCCCAGCAGUACUUCUUCCCCCUACAGCCGGAGCCCUUCUCUGGGGCUAAGGGCUUUGCAGACUUUGGACAGAGCUGACGGGGCUUCCUUGGCAACGAGGAGGUGGAUUACAGGAACACACUGUGGGACACACUCUGGGACGUGAGUAGGGUCAUGUUCAUUAAGCACUAAACAGAAGAAAACAGACUGAAACAACAGGAAGGGACUACCUGAACCUGCCCAGUAUGAGUUUGUUUUAAAUCAGUGAACUGUACUGAACAUGGGUGUGUUUUGUGGACAGACACACAGUCAUCGGCUACUGGAGUAGGCCUGUUGAAUGGAGACUGGGAGACAGGAGGCUGUGUUCAAGUUAAACCACAAGAAAGCUUCCCAGUCGAGCAGAGUACAUGAGAGUAUUGUCUCUCUAAAUUACAGGAAUGGACUUCUGCUCAGAACAGACAGGACUGUUUAUUGGUCAAUAUUGUUUUCAAUGUUAUGCACUUUUUUAUAUACAUUUCUAUUGUAAACAAUAUUCUGUCUUCCCUUUCUCUUUUAUACACAAUUUGGUUAAAUGGUGAUGUUAAAUUUUCACAAUAACUUUUGUGGCAGCAACAUUAUUAAGAAGUGUUCUAGACAUUUUGUUGCGAGCUGCAGGACAUUUAAUCAAAUUAUCAUUUUGACAAUUACAAAUCCCUAAAAGAGGGGAAGGACUGACACCAAGUUGUGCAGUAGGGUGAACAAAGCCAACGGAUGUACUGUGUGUACAGUGCUCACUGGCUGGUUUGUUUUUAUUUAAUGAUAUUAGUCAACACCAUUAUCUAAUUAGUAUUCUAAUGACUAAUUCUAUGAUUGUGAGUACUCGUCAUGCAACGCUAAAACUAGAAGUACAUUUAAAAAAAUAUAAAACACUCAAUAGUUGGUCAGUAUUUUCGAAAAUUAAACCUACUCUUUAAUAAUCCAAGAUUGAAUGGUUGAGAAAUGCUUAAUUGUUCACUUACGGAUACAUUUUGUACUAACUUGUGAAAAUGGCAACUGUUUCCAUUAUGCUGUUAGAGUCACAAUCCCGAGUUUGUGUUUCACCUUUUAGCCUCCAUAUUUGGUUUAUUAAUGUUCUACUUAUUAUACUGAAGAGAGGGGAUGCAAAGAGAGGGGAUGCAAACAUGGAUGACACAUUGAACCUUUAAAUACAGAGACUCUAAAAGCCUAAAUGUUGUCUUACAGAUAACGGAGUCCCCUUUUUUCUCCAGCCUCAGACAUAUAGGCAACUGAAACGGUUCAUAAAGGCUACCUGUUGAUCAAUCUUCACAUGAGGAAUGUGGCAAUGAGAUCAGUCAUUGUCAAUGCUCAAUGAGCCUGUCAUGGCCACAGUGUUCAAAACAACUGGUCCCAGAAAUAGGGAAGAGUUUUGGGUUGGAUGAGCAGGUAUGGCAAGAAUCCAAAGACUUCUCUGUACCCUAGUCAUUUAGUGUGAAAUAAACUUGGCAAUCACUGACCUAUUAUGGCAGAUUAGAUACAAUAGAUCAUAUAGUGGAUCAUGUUUGGCGCUAGACGGAGUCUUCCGAACAAAGGAAAAAUUACAGCAAUUCCCAGAGAUGACUGCCACGACAAUCUUUGGGUAUUGCUGUCCUUUUUUCUUUUUUGGAAGGCUCAAAAUCUACAAUGUUUUCCCAGACAAGCAUCCUGUUCCAAUAGAAACCUUUGGUAGCGCAUGCAUACUUGCAUACUACUCCUUGGAGCUCUUUGUGCUAAAGUUGCGCAGAUGUCAACACAAUUGAUUUUCUAUACAUUUGGUUAUGCUUGGACACUUCUGUAUUUCAUGAACUAACGACUAAAGAGAAACCACCUCGGUUGGUUUUGUGACACUCCGUCAAUAACAAAGACAAAUGAUUGUAAUUAUAACGAAAAGGAUAUUCUACCACAUGGCCCCACAGUAAACCUCAGAUCACCAGUCACCAGGGAGUACGUCACCAUAAUGGCGACAUUUCUUUGUUUGUCACGCAUGGAAGGGAACUAUGUUUUCCGUCUCCCCUGCCUUUUCCUGUUUAGGUUCUCAUUGCUCUGUAGGUCUUGUUUGCUACCACACACAUAGGCAUAUGAUUCGAUGGGGAAAACAACUAGCUGCCUCCCCUCAUUUUGGACGUUUACAAAGUCCGAAAUGAGGGAUGGCACCUUAUUCCCUACAUAGUGCCCUACUUCCGACCAUAUUAGUACACUGUAUACAGGGUGCCGUUUGAGAUGCAGCAUAGAUAUUGUGAUCGUGGAAUAUUCAAUUUCUAUGACGGUAGGUCAGAGAUGAUGGCAAAGGUUGGUUUCCUUGUUUGUAAAGUUUAUUUUAGUAGAAGUCCUUCAUGGCAGGGAAAGGGAAAGGAGGGAGACCUAAUCAGUUGUCCAACUGAAUGUAUUCAACUGAAAUGUGUCUUCUGCAUUUAACCCCAACCUUAAUCGACAUCCAAGACAUAACACUUAAGUUUGCAGUCCCAGCAUGCAUAACAAUCAUUAAAUGAAAGACGUAAAAAUAAACAAUUA